UCCACCGCCACACCGCAAAACCGUUCGCGCGCGCACUCUGUACGCCCGCCGCCGCCGUCGUGAACACGGGCCCGCCGACACUACACGACACAGCCGGUCCGUCGUCCAGUUUAGUAUUCGACUCGUCGUGUGUUGCGCGCGUUCGUACGUUGCGAUCUCCGUCCGUGUGGGAAAAAAAUAAAUAGUAAUAAUAAUAAUAAUAACAACAACGCGCGCGCGUUUACGUGACUGUUGUGAUUUUCGCGUGCGAAUACUACGCGCGUGUGCGUGCGUUUUUUCGUUUCUCGGUCCGACCGCAUUUAUUUUAUUAUACACGGCGGGGCAGACGUUUUACCUGCGGUCCGUCCCGUGUCCCGUGUGUGUGUUGAAGACGCGCACGUCACACCGCGUUCGUCGUGUGUGUGUGUGUGUUCGUGUGUGAUCCCGCGAUCUGAGUCGUGAAGAGAGAUACAGCGGCCAAAGCGACCACGACCGUCACACCCGGGGUACGACAUACCCCCGAGCACCACCGCCGGCGUGCGCCCCCCCAUAUCUCUGUGUGUGUAGUGUACUCUGCCGCUGCGACGACCACCACGACGAGAUACGCCGCUUGGGACGGGGCGCGUCGUACACCGCACGUUUUUGCGCGCCGAAAUGCGACGUCCCGAUCAGCUGGCGUGCAGCAGCAGCACUAUUAGCAGCAGCGUCGGCAGCAAAAACAGCAACAGCAUAGUAGCAUCGAGCAGCACAACAAGCAGCAGUGGCCACAGCCGUUAUCGUACCGUCGUCGCCGCCGCCGCCGACGCCGCCGUCGUCGUAAUAGUUAAUACGCCGCUUUGCGAAAGAUAAUAACCGCCGCGCCGCCGCCGUCGCCACCGUCGUCGCCGCUGUCGUCGUCGCCGCCGUCGUCGUCGAUCAUUCUGUUUAUUAUCAUUUUUCAAUAAAAAAAAAUAUAGAUUACCUCUAUUGCCACGCGCAUAUAUACACAUCAUAAUAUAUAUCUGCAUAUGCACGAGUGUGUCGCCGCUCGUUUCGUGUAAAUGUUUUUUUGAUUUUUUUUUUAUUUAAAAAAAUAUAUUUCUCGUUCCGUCUACAUUCGACGACGAUCAGCAGCUGCAUUACUGCAGUGGUGUAUCACACCCGCGUUGACAAUUAUUAUUGUACAUCAGCAGUAUAAUAUUAUACUUAACGUACCUACUUUUUUGCAAUAAUUUUUGUAUUUUACCGUCGUUUUGUCGUCGACAUAGAACACUAGCGACGUAUUAAAUUCGAAUAAGCUUAAUUUUCAUAAAAUAUCUAUCUCAACGUCGCGCGUUAACUGGUCGCAGUGAUCUCGUAUACUCGACCACAACAACAACAACAACAACGACGAUAAUAAUCGUUUUUAAACGGUCUAUAGCACUGUCAGUAUACAAAAGCAGCCACAACGGCGAUAAACAACUACAUCAGUAACAGCAGCAGCAGCAACAGCAGCGGCUCCUCCAGCAACAUGGCUCAACCCAGGGUGAGUGUUUAUUACGACGAACCGGGUAUACACCAACAGCAACAGCAGCAACAGUACAUGGACGCGGUGGUCGGAGCGGCCGCCGCGGCCGCGGCCGGCAACGGCGUAGUGCCGCCCGGCGUGGUGCCCGGCGGCGGAGUUCCCGGCGGUCUCGGGCUGGCCGGCACCGGCGGCAUGUACGACCAACACCAACAGCAACAGCAUCUCGCCCACCGGGGCCUCCAAAACAUGGCCGCAGCGGCAGCGGCAGCAGCCGCGGCCGCGCAGCACCACCACCACCAUCAGCAACAGCAAGCGGCGCACCUACAGCAACAGCAGCAGCAGCAGCAGCAGCAACAGCACCCCGUGUCGGCGAUGUUCCAUUCGGCGGCCGCGGCCGCUGCGGCCGCCACACCGCCGAACCACGUGUCGCCGGCCGCGGGCGGCGGUACGCCCGCCAACAAUCACACAUCCGGCGGCGCGUCGGUGGUCGUGCCCGAAGCGCAGAAACGCGACAAAGAUUCGAUUUACGGGCACCCGCUGUUCCCGCUUCUGGCAUUAAUAUUUGAAAAAUGCGAACUAGCCACGUGCACGCCCCGGGAUCCAGGCGUAGCGGGCGGUGACGUGUGCUCGUCAGAGUCCUUCAACGAAGACAUCGCCGUGUUUUCCAAACAGAUACGUCAAGAGAAACCAUUUUAUAUGGCUGAUGCUGAAGUCGACUCAUUGAUGGUGCAAGCAAUUCAGGUGUUACGGUUUCAUCUAUUGGAGUUAGAAAAAGUCCAUGAACUGUGUGACAACUUUUGUCAUCGUUACAUCAGUUGUUUGAAGGGAAAAAUGCCAAUUGAUCUCGUGAUCGACGAACGGGAUUCGUCGUCAUCAGCAUCCGCAGCAGCAGCGGGUGGAGGUGGUGGAAAGUCCAUGUCUGAACUGGGAGGUUUGGGUGGUCUAGGGGGCGCAACGAACGGCAACAACGACGGCCGUAGUAACGCAGAUUCAACAUCGCACACAGACGGGGCGAGUACGCCAGACGUUAGACCACCUUCGUCUUCAUUAUCGUAUGGUGGACACGGGAAUGAUGACCGAUCUCCUGGUUCGGGAGGCACUCCUGGGCCGAUGUCACAACAACCGGGCUCUCAGCAAAGUCUCGACCACGGCGAUCCUGAAUUGGGUAAGUGUACAAGUAAAGUCUACAAACACUUUUACAAUGAUAAUGCAUUCCGCGGUAAAUGGUGUCAAAGGCGAGAUUGGCCUCCACCACUAGACGCCCGAGCGGCAUCGGCUGCGGAAGCAGCGAAACGCGGUCUUCUGUAUCAAUCUGUGUUCCUCGGCGGUAGCCCAAAUGAUUACAACUCGUGUGAUGCGAGUAAUGCCAGUGUCGGUAGUGGUGAUGGUACGGGAGAGGAUGACGACGAUCCCAGUGGUGGAAAAAAGAACCAAAAGAAAAGAGGUAUAUUCCCAAAAGUGGCCACAAAUAUACUUCGAGCGUGGUUAUUUCAGCAUCUAACGCAUCCUUACCCAUCGGAAGAUCAGAAAAAACAACUUGCUCAAGACACCGGUCUGACUAUACUUCAAGUCAACAAUUGGUUUAUAAACGCUCGACGGAGAAUAGUGCAACCUAUGAUUGAUCAGUCUAACCGUGCUGUAUUCUCACCGCAUGCCGGCCCCAGCGGAGCGUACAGCCCCGAGGCAGCCGGUCUCGGAUACAUGAUGGACGGACAGUCUCAGAUGCUCGCAGCGGCAGGUCACAGACCCCCAGGCGACCCGGCCUAUCACAACGAAUAUCAUCAUUACCCGGCCCAAUACUAUGGUCAUUUGUAGUACCGUAAAUUACAAUCUAAAUUCUAGUACUCGUGUUUCAUUACAAUGAUUGAUAACAAUCUGGUUGACUGAUGUAUAUUUUUUUCACUGGUCGCUAUUAUUAUUUUAUUUUAUUUAUUAUUAUUAUUAUUAUUAUUAUUACUAUUUUUUUUUUUUUUUUUAAUUAUGUUUUAAAUAUGACUAUACGGAUUGUUUUUUUUCCUUUUUAAUAUUAACUAAUUUGCUGGUGUCGUAAUUACAACAUUAUUGUCAAUGUAAUAAUAACAUACAAACACAAAAACAUUCGAUUUAAACAAAAUCAUAAUAUUAUUAUUCCGUGCUGCGUCGCUACCGAUCUGUUUCGCGUUAUGUAUUAUGUUAGUACUUACAAGAUAAUGCAACAUAAUAAUAUGUGUACGCACGCAUCGUAAUAAUAAUAUAUAUUAUUCAUUACGAUGUAAGGCGGUUAUUGCCUAUAGCUGUAAUUUAGACCUAUUUUUUUUUUUUUUUUUUGAUUAUUAUUAUUGUUUAGUCGACGUAAACACGUUAGUACGUAAGUAUUAUAAUAUAUACAUUUAUAACAACAAUGUAAUAAUGUGUCCGCGUAGGACAAUUAUGUUAAAUGUACGCGUGUUAUGUGUAUAUAGAGAUACCAAGCAUUACAAUGGCUAUCCAAUAUUAUGUAUAUGUGCGCGCUUAAUGCGUGCAUUAUAACCCGUCAACUCGAAAUACGAUAUUUUUUAUAAACGGCAUUUUUAUUCUUUAUAAAUCACGAGAGAUAAUUCGGGCGUCAUUUCCAAUUGUAAUCAGCAGCUUUAGGUACAAUACAAAAAUGUACAUAGCACGCCAGCUAAACGAGCUAUAUGACGUUAUGCGUGUGUAUAUAGUCGAAGAGUAUUGCCUUUAUCGUAUCGUCAAAUUUCUUUGUUUUAUCAUUGCAUUAUUCGUUUCUUGGCGACCGUUAUACGAGAUUUGACCGUUUUCGGCUAGUCCUUUGCGUCCUACGCAGCCUUUCUCGGAAGCCCGUCGUUGAUACACAGUAUAAUUUAUAUUUAGCUGUUCCAUUUUUGACUUUGCUACUACGUAAAACGUAAUAAGAGAGCAAUGUAAUAUGUCGGACGUUUUAAAACCUAUAAAUUUGCCGUCGUCACAAAAUGACAAAAUAACACAUGUUGAGUAUGUGUAUUGUACAAUCUCGGAACUUUUUUUUUUUCAAAAAAAAAGAAAUAUUAUAUUUCGCGUACUCUAUAACUACUAGUCAUGUUUUAUAUUUUAUAUUACCAUAUAAAUAUUAAAAUGAUAAUUACGAUUAUUCUUAUAAUAGUUUCGUAACGAUAUCUAAUAUUGACUUGUAUAAAAACUAUGAAUCCGAGAAAAAAAUAUUUAUUACCUAGCGUAUGAUUUCACGAUUAUUUCGAUAUUAAUCCAUACAAUGUCUAGAAAAAGUUGAAAUUUAUUUCGUUUGUUAUUGUUUACACGUUUUUUUUAGUUACCAAAAAUUUUUAUGGUGAAUUAUAUUUCCGAACAUCGUUCUCGCGGACAAAACAACUUAAAAAUUAAACGUUCCAGCCAGUAUAUACGAAUAUUGGUGGAUUUUCAUUUUGAUUUGAAAAAAAUUUAUGUAUAUAUAUUAUAUAUAAUUUAUAUAUAUAUAUAUAUACAGAGAAACGCUGCAGUGUAUUAUGUAUACAAAAUAAUAAGUUGUUGUUUUGUUUUCACAUAUGAAAUAUUAUUAUUGUUAUUCGUUAUUUUCUAUAUUACGUCCCAUCUCGAUUCAUAUAAUAUGAGAUCACAUUUCACCUAUUUUUUUUUUUUUACUUUUAAUACUUUUUAUUAUCGCGAUAAUGUUUUAUUGUUAUAUUUACGACGUAGUGUAAUAGGAAAAUUUUUUUUAUUAUGUUUAUGAAAAUCAACAUCGUCAAUAUAAUAACGCGGUCUACGCACAUCAACGACAAAAUAAUUCGAUGAUGUCUGAAUUACAAUUUUUUUUUUUUUUUGUUCUCUUAUAUAUAUUAUUAUAUAAAUACGUGCUAGACAUUGCUUUUUUUGUGCCAGUAUAAUACACUUGAUGUUUUUUAUCUAUAUAAGUAUAAUUAUUACGUACCUAUAAAAUGUAAAUAUUGUAAUAAAUGUCUUUUACUAUUUUAGCUAUAUAUACAUAAUUAUACGAUUAAGAAGAAACAUUUAUGUACAUAGUGCAGUAGGUAUAUAUAUAUAUAGUCAUCGUCUGAUAUACUUACAGCGGUAUAUAUACAUGUAUGUAUGUGUAUAUAUACAUAUUAUAUGUGUAUGUGAGUUCGUAUAUGUAUAUCUAUAUAUAUAUAUAUAUGCAUGUUGUAUAAUAUAUGUUCUUUUUUUUUUUUUUUUUGUAUGUUCUUUACAUAAUAUAUAUAGUUGGUUAAGAUUUACAUGUUUGAUGGAAGAAAAAAUGCGUGCAGCAGCAACUUGUACAUAUAGAUCGUAACGUUUAUAGUUGUGUAUAAUUUUUACAAUGUGAUAUAAUAUAUAAUAAUGAUAAUUAAAUAAUAAUUAAUAAUAUUAAUAAUAUGAUGAUGAUUGUAUUAUAUAUAAUUAAUGUAAAAUAUAUAUAUGUAAUCAUCACAUCGUAAACGUAUAAUAAUUAAUGAUUAAUAAUAUAAUAAUAAUAAUAAUUAUAAAUAUAAUAUAUAUAUAUAUUAAUUAUAUAAUAAUAAUUAUACGAGAAAAACGUUUAGUAUUUUCUUUCUUAUAUAUAUAUAUGAUAUAUGUAUAUGUAUCUGUAUUACAUAUUAUUAUAAUAUAGGUAUAUCUUAUAAGGAAUCUGUACAAAAUCGCUAUAUAUAUACAUAUGCAAAUAAAAUAUGUUUUAUGCAAUUCAA